UUUUGCUUCUUGCCAUUGAGGGCGCUGUUUCUGUAGCGAGAACGCACGCGCGCCAUUAUCCAAUCAGCAAUCUGUGUUCUUAAAAGUUGGAUUUUUUUGGGUGUGUUUUGGGGCUUUUGUUUUUGAACUUCAGUUGCUGCCCAUCUUGGAACCAUGCCACUAAGCACCAAGACCAAAGUGCUCCUCCUGGCCAGCAUUUCAGCCAUGGCUGGGCUCAUAUUAGCCACCAGUUACUUCAAGCGACGAAGGCGUGGCCAGCGACAACGGAUACGAGAACCAAAAGCAGUAGCUUCGAGUAACCACCAUGUCACAAUCAGUACAAAUGGACCAUUGGCGCAGACAAGUCGAAGGGCGCUCAUCACGGCGCAGUCAGAAUCACCCAAAGGUUUCGCCCGGUUAUCCCGUCUGUCUCGUUCCACGUCUCGACGAUCCAUCAUCUCCGCUAUAGCUUCAAGGACCUCCCACUCCAGCAUCAACGACAGCCUCUGUGGGUCGGUCAAUUCACUGCUGAGCGACACUGCGUCCAUCAAGAGCGGAGAGAGAACGCCGACAAAUGUACCGUUGUCUGCACAGAGGUUGUUCCAGCUGGGAAUGGAGGCUUUUGACAAUGCCGUGUCUUACUGGGAGGAGGCUGUGGAUAUUCGAUUCGUUCAAGACAUCGAAGAAGAAGACAGUAGAGAUGAAAACAGCAGGGAGAGCAGCAAAUCCGAGUUGACCCGUUCCUUGGAGAGGCUCCUAUCCAGCGCGUAUCAUCUCCAGGAGGAAUGCGAGGAUGUGGCCCUGAGCGUGCCCAAUCUGGCCUUCACCCCGUCCGAGAUGAGAGACAUCGCAGAGGAGAUUACGACAAUGAGGAGACAGAGAGAAGCAGACGAGGAGUCUUCCUCAUCAACGGAUUCAUUCGUCUCGGCAACAGAGGAAGAAGAAUUAGACCAGCAGAGUACUUCGUCAGACUUAGCAUCGACUAGCAGCAAAUCCAGACUCAGGAGCAAUGAGAUGUAUGAGAAUGCUCUAUUAGCAGUCAGAGAAGGAGCAGUAGAGUGUCGAAGGAUAAGGACUAAGAUGCUGCGUUGCCGUAGUGAUGAAGACUUCCUAGCCAAGCUGCACUGUGUACGCGUUGCCAUGGCAGUACUCCUAGAGGACCAGAGCGUCUUUGAUUGGUUCGUCAUGAUGGGCAAACAGUUGAUAGCCGAUCUUCUGCUCAAGGCAAAUUACGAUUCAGAAGUAUUCGGUGAAGCGUUUGAUGAGAUGAUGACCUAUGUCCGAGAUCCGCAGAACCACAAGGAAAUCGAGAAGGAGUUAAGAGCAAGAAAGGUCCGUUUCUUGUCCUUCUAUGACAUUGUCUUAGAUUUCCUCCUCUUGGAUGCAUUUGAUGAUCUUGAGGAUCCUCCGAUGUCCAUCACGUGCGUCACCCAGAACAGGUGGCUGUCAAACAGAGUCAAGGAAUCGGCAAUAUCCACAGCUGUCUGGUCCGUCUUAGCAGCAAAGCGAAGAAUGCUCCAUAAUCCCAAGGGUUUCCUGUCCAAGGUGUAUCAGAUCUCCUACCACGUGACUCCAGCGCUGGCAUGGGGAUUCCUGGGGUCGGAUCAUCACCUUAAACAUCUCAUGGAGUUCUUUAAGGAUCAAGUGCUGGGGUUUGCCCGCGACAUGUUCUCCAUACGCAAGUGUCGAUACGGCACCGUGGCCGAACUGGCCGACGACAUUCUGUCCCUAGCAAAACACUACAGCACAGUGGCAUCGCAGAAACUCAGCACGUGACCAACUGCUCUUCAAAUUUUGAGGAAUGAUCCACUAUGCAACAAAGAUUGUUGAGAACCGCAGCUGUCAACAUACGACUACAGAGCUCUAUCUUCUACCCUCUUCUGUUUUAGCUGGUUUUACCCUGAAGUCCUCCCAAGUGCGCCCAAGACCUCAUUUCUUUCUAGUGGAUAAUGUCUUUCCAAAGUUCAUCCAGUACCAGUUUCACUAGAAUCCUCCUCUUGCAUGCCAGCUGAUAAACCUCCCGACUACAGCUUUUAAACUUUCCUUAUUUGAUUCUGAUUUGGAGUAUCAAUUUUAUGAUGUGAAUAAUUCUGAAAUAGUGAAAUUAAAAAACUGCCAUACAGAAAAAAAAGAUUACCUAUAAUCACCUGAAAGUUUGUUUUACAUUUGUAAUGGUUGUAGUUAAAAAUGCCAAUCUGUUUAGGGAAUAAAUUAAAAUGUAUUCAUGACAUUUUGGAAGAUAGCAUUUUUAAACCAAACUGUAAUGUUGCAUAGACGGUUGCGUGAUUGUGUUUUGUCUUAAUUUUGUCUUAAUUUUGAAAUUGCUAUUUCAGAACUUUCAUGUUAAGGAUGUUUUAUCAAUGUUUUUGUGCAAUGUUCAUGAUUUUAUACUUUUGAGUCGGGGUAUGUCCAAGGACCUGACCCCAACUUGCUAAGUUGUUGCCAUUGCUUAAUACAGUUGUGAAAUGCUUCCCCUCACAAAAAUAUGAACUUUCAUUAUUAAAUGGUUAAUUUUGUUUUACCAUUUCCACAUAUAUGAAUGUAUAGUCUUGUAUCAGAAGUAAUAAUGGAUUUUACAAAGAAACUUGAGAUGCAUUUGGACUGAAUAAUAAAUAUGUGUUGCUACAGGCAAUCACAAACACUUGAAGAUGUUUGAAUGGGA